UCGUGGAUACUACUACUACAACAUCAUUCUAAAAAUAUUUUUGUGAGGUCCUCCAGCCAAGUAAAAGGCAAAAACUCAUUAAAGGAACAGUUCAGUGUAAAAUCAAAAACUGGCCCUUGGCUGGGUGCACAUGUACAGUAUGUAAAAAUGCCAGACUUAGAAGCAAAAAACAAUUUAUCACAAAAGGGACUAAAGGGCACCCGGAACGUUGAUACCGUUUCUGAAUUGAGAGUGUUGUUCCUAAUGGCAAGCCGUUGCUUAACAAAUGAGUAUUAUGACUCUUUGCUACAGUCUUGUCAGUCCUGUCUUCUCCGAUGUACAAAAACGCCGCCGAUUCCGUGCCGCAGCUACUGCACAGACAAUACCAUCACAACCGUGACUGUAAAUGCAAAGGAUUCACACUGGAUACUUUGGAUUUUGAUCAUUUUUUUACUAGCUUUGAUACCAGCUAUAGCCUUGAUAACCAUUGUGCUUACAAAGCAGAUGAAAAAAUCAAGAAACGCAAUAGCUCAUCCAGAUUCCAUCACAGAGGAAAAAGGCAACAAUAAUAAUGAUACUGAAUUCAGGAUAAAAGAUGCGAUCCAGGAAGCCAAGUCAAACAACGAACUCUCAUUGCCUAAGUGGUACAAUGAAGAAGUGGAAGGCCAAGUGUGUGAUAUUUGUGACAGGGCUUUAUCUGACUAUGUCUUUCCUUUGCCGGCUAUAGAGGAAGGAGCUGCUAUUCUUGUAACCACAAAAACAUCUGCUUGUUUUGCCACGGAGGCAGGUGUGAGGGGCGAUGCUUUUGUGGAAAUGGAACAAACACACUUUCCUAUUGUGGAUGGAGAAAAUGGUCAACAGUGUAUGUUUAGUCUAUAAGGUGCUAAAGGGGAAGCUCAUACUGUAGAAAUAGAUGAGAUUUAGCUCAGAUGAGAUUGUUCUUGCCUGUACAUUUACAACAUAGGUAAAUGUUAGCAUUUACCUAACCGCUAACAGAAUCUACAGAAAAGUGCAUUUUAGAUAUUUUAGAAAAACAUCAUCAUAUUUUUUGAGCCAUCUGGUUUUGCACACCAUAAGUAAGAUUCAAGAUGAUUAUCACCCACUUAUUUCCAUACUUAGAUGACCUUGGUAGUUUGGGGUGAUUAUUAUACAAGCUUGAUUUCAGCUCGCUAUCUUCAUCAAUACAUUUCACUAGGGAACAGUGCAGACUUGCUCAACUAAAGGUGUCGGGAACUUUAACAGGUCAGCAAAUAAAGAGACAACUGACUAGCUGUUUUAGCAAUCUAAUAUCUGACCUGGGAGAAGCAGAUCCAAAUUUUGGAAUUGUGAAUACUUAAGAGCAAACCUACUGUAUUUUGUACUUUUGAAUGUAAUUUCUUCGGAAGGCAACAUGAACAGUCUUAAUGCUUUUCUGCUGUCAAUCUCUGUUAAUACCAGUAACUUGCAGUCUGUAAAAAAGCUAUUUCACCCCUUCUUGAAAUCCUUAGUUAGUAUGCCCUUUACAGGACGCACAUUCUAUAUUUUACUACAACACUGUUAAUACUGCUGAAUAUACAGUAAAACCUAUUUUUUCUGAUUUUGUUCUCAGGGAACAUCAAUUAGUGAAUACGCUCCUGAGAAAUGUUUGUAUGGCUUUAUGUUCAUCUUCUCCAAUGUAAACACAUUUACCC